ACAACCGCGUCGGGUCCCCUUCCCCGGCUUCGUUCCAUAUAAACCAGCCCCAGCCCGGCCUCCCCACCAAAUCCAAUCCACCACCGCCGUCCUGCCUCUUCCAUUCCACUCCACUCCAUCCACCGGAGGGAACCCAAUCCAAGCCCGCCCGCAUCCGCCGUCGACCACCCGCGACAACAACACCCCCAAGAACCAUGGGUUCCGCGAGCCGCGCCGUCUCGUGCCUCUGCUGCCCCUGCAAGUGCCUAGCCUGCGGCCUCUUCAGCUGCCUCUGCAGCAUCCUCGUCUCCCUCGCCGUCACGCUCGGCAUCCUCGUCCUCAUCCUCUACCUCAUCUUCAAGCCCCACAUGAUCGCCGCCACCGUCGACUCCGCCUCGCUCGCCCAGUUCAACCUCUCCACAACCUCCACGCUCACCUACGACCUCAACGUCACCAUGACGGUGCGCAACCCCAACACGCGCGUCGGCCUCUACUACGACGACGUCCAGUCCCUCGCCUACUACAAGGACCAGCGCUUCGGCUACACCACGCUCGACGCCUUCUACCAGGGCACCCAGGCGUCCACCAAGCUGUCCCCGGAGUUCCACGGCAACCAGCUCCUCCAGGGCGACGUCACCGCCGCCGAGUUCAGGCAGGAGCAGUCCGCGGGCAACUUCGCCGUCAACGUGGAUCUCAACGCCAAACUCAGGGUCAAGGUCUGGGCGUUCAAGGUCCGCGGGCCUAAGGCGAAGAUCAGCUGCCAGCUCUCCGUCCCCGCGCCUGGUGCCGCCAACGCAUCGCCGUUCCAGCCCACGAAUUGCAAAGUCUGGUUCUGAUUUUGGGAUUUGGGAUUUGGAUUUGGAUGCCACCUGGUGGUGUGGAUUUCCUACAGAUGCUAGGAUUACUACUAGUAGAUAAUAUUGCCAUCUGAUGCUGCUGCUGCUGCUGCUGCUGCUUUCUGUGGAUUUAUUCUUUCUUUCGUUGAUUCUCUCAGUCGAUUUCCAUGUCGAUUGUUCCUCUGUACAUCGCCGCGGCUGCUUGAUUUAUAUAUAGAUUUUCUUUUCUAUAUA